AUGAAAAUUGUGAGAAAGCUGGCAGGGAAGAGUCCUGGUACUGCUGCUUGGUGCACGAAUGUUGGAAAUGAAACUGGUCAAGUUUUCAUGAGUGUGCUUACAGCUAGUGAAGGAGCUGGACUUGACCCUAUAGCUACAGGACUCAUGAGACGAUACGCUUUAGCUGGAGUACCGCCACCAGAAGUGCUUUAUGUUGACCGUGAUUGCUGUGGUAACAAGAUGCAACAGAUGUUCUCUCUUUGGGAUGGAAUUGUUGUUAGACUAGAUACAUGGCAUUUCAUGAGACGCAUAACUAGUGGCUGUACUACAGAGGCUCAUCAACUCUAUGGAUACUUUUGCGGUCGCCUAUCUCGGUGCAUAUUCCAAUGGAGCCAACUGAAACUUGCCAAAACAUGUGAGAUGUUUAAGAGUGGUAUAAUCAACCCGACUGAUGAUGAUGUUAUUAAGAAGAUUACAAAGAAAGAGUUAGCCUUGCAUUGCUGCAGACAGACCCGUGGUGUUGAGGAGACUGAGCGACUCUAUAACCUUCUGGAAACACUAAGUGGAGAACAGGGAUCCGAUACCAUGGGAGUUCCUUUACUAGACAGUGAUCGAAUAUGGGAGAUAUGGGAGUCUCAAAAGCGACACAUUCCUUGCUUGCAAGAUCCUGAGGGUGUCCAGCUAUAUAUACGUACAGGAACCUUGGAGAAGGGUGAUGUCCUACUACCAACAUACAGAUGUGCAAGGGGAACCACAUCGCUAGAAUCAUUCCACAAGCACAUUGCUAGAUUUAUUCAAGGAGAAAGUGCCAGUGACAUGCAUCUCCUGGAUGGAUUGAUGAGGUGGAAUGCAGACUGUGCUGUAGAUGCUGUAUACCCUGGUUGUAGGCCAAAAGACAACCCAGAGACUUACAAUGCUCUUCAUACUAAGGCACUCAACACUCUUAGUCAAGAAGUGCUUGAUCUUGAAGAUGAUGAAGGCUUUGAUGAAGUUGAAGAUGAGACCCUCGAAAAUGCUGUGAUGAAAAAGGACUUUGCUGGGCCUGGGAAUGUCCAAGGAUACGGACAGGUUCAGGCACUGGCAGAAUACUUGGUGUCCCUUCGAGGUAGUGAUACCAUGGCUAUUUCUAAUUCACAAGCCAAAGACAUUGUCAGGAUGUGGAACAAGCUCGAUGCGUACGACAAGAAGCCAACUAAGUUUGCACCACGCCACAGAACAAAACUGGCAAAGGGUAAAUUUAAACAACCCAAGAAGAGAAGCAGCAUUGUCAUUCCUGGGUUGGAUAGUACAAAGAGGUCUUUCCUAGGUACCAGCUCUGGUCCUGCCCAGUGGCCUGACUGCAACAGAUAUGUCGAGGCCAUCAUAAUCAAAUUGUGUGACAUUCACCCUGUUCCAGAAAAGUCAAAGAAAACAGUAACAUCUCGCUGGAACUUAAUCUGCCAAUCCUACAAAGACAUCAGACGAAAAAUCCUCAAUAACGACACCACAACAGCCAUCAUUGGCAGAUCCAGUACCAAAGAGAAAAAGGAAAGCUGUAAUAUAUCUAUGUAAUGCAUGCGGUGAGCCUAGAGAUCGAAGUACUCAUAAGUUUUAUUAUGGAAAAUACUUUUGUACAAAAACUGCAAAACAAAGUUAUGAAGAUUGGAUGGAGCAAGUGAAAAGUA